AUGAGGGAAUUGAGUGCUAGGGAGGUGAAGCACUUUGCCUGGGUCACCAGCCAGCAAGGGACAGAGGAGACGCAGCUGACCAUUGGAGGUCAAGAAAGGGUCAUCAUUGCCGAUGACCUCCCACACCCCUUUGGACUCACACAGUACAGUGACUACAUCUAUUGGACCGAUUGGAAUCUCCACAGCAUCGAGAGAGCCGAUAAGGUCAAUGGCAAAAACCGGACCCUGAUUCAGGGCCACUUGGACUUUGUCAUGGACAUCCUGGUCUUCCACUCUUCCCGCCAGGAUGGUCUGAAUGAUUGCAUACAAAACAACGGACACUGUGGGCAGCUGUGCCUGGCCAUCCCCAAUGGUUACAGAUGCGGAUGCGCGACCCAUUAUACACUGGAUCCCAACCACAGGAACUGCAGCUCACCCACCGCCUUCCUGCUGUUUAGUCAGAAGUGUGCCAUCAGCCGAAUGAUACCAGAUGACCAGCAAAGCCCGGACGUGGUCCUCCCGCUGCACGGCUUGCGGAACGUCAAAGCCAUCGAUUACGACCCACUGGACAAGUUCAUCUACUGGGUGGACGGGCGUCAGAACAUUAAAAGGGCCAAAGACGACGGGACCCAGCCCUUUGUUGUGACUUCUGCAAACCAAGGCCAGAACUCGGAAAAGCAGCCGCACGAUCUCAGCAUCGACAUUUACAGCCACGCCCUGUACUGGACGUGCGAGGCCACCAACACCAUCAACGUGCACCGGCUGAGCGGGGAGGCCAUCGGCGUGGUGCUGCGUGGGGACCACGACAAGCCCAGAGCCAUCGUGGUGAACGCCGAGCGCGGGUACCUGUACUUCACCAACAUGCAGGACCGCGCUGCCAAGAUUGAGCGGGCGGCCCUGGACGGCACCGAGCGGGAAGUGCUGUUCACCACCGGCCUCAUCCGGCCGGUGGCUCUGGUCGUUGACAAUAAGCUAGGCAGACUCUUUUGGGUGGACGCUGACCUGAAGCGCAUCGAGAGCUGCGAUUUGUCAGGAGCAAACCGGGUGACUCUGGAGGAUUCCAACAUCGUGCAGCCCAUGGGCCUGACGGUGCUGGGCAACCACCUCUACUGGAUUGACCGUCAGCAGCAGAUGAUUGAGCGGGUAGAGAAGACCAGUGGCUACAAAAGGACCCGGAUCCAGGGCCGGAUCUCUCACCUCACGGGGAUCCACGCGGUGGAAGAGAUCGACAUGGACGAGUUCGCUGCUCAUCCCUGCUCCCGAGACAACGGAGGCUGCUCCCACAUCUGUAUCGCCAAAGGCGAUGGCACCCCGAGGUGCUCCUGCCCCGUCCACCUGGUCCUGUUACAGAACCUCUUGACGUGUGGAGAGCCCCCGACGUGUUCCCCGGACCAGUUCACGUGCGCCACCGGGGAGAUCGACUGCAUCCCGAUGGCCUGGAGGUGCGACGGCUUCCCAGAGUGCGACGAUCACAGCGACGAGGCGAACUGCCCGCUGUGCUCGGCCUCCCAGUUCCAGUGUGAGAAGGGCCAGUGCAUUGACCUGCGCUGGCGGUGCAACGGAGAGAUCGACUGCCAGGACAAGUCUGAUGAAGCGGACUGCGACGCCAUCUGCCUGCCCAACCAGUUCCGCUGUGCCAGCGGCCAGUGUAUCCUCAUCAAGCAGCAGUGUGACUCCUUCCCCGACUGCAUGGACGGUUCUGACGAGCUCUUGUGUGAAAUCACAAAGCCCCCUUCGGAUGACCCACCCUCCCACAGUAACGCCAUCGGCCCCGUCAUCGGGAUCAUCCUCUCCCUCUUUGUGAUGGGAGGGAUGUAUUUUGUUUGCCAGCGAGUGAUCUGCCAGCGAUACGCAGGGGCCAGUGGGCCGUUCCCCCACGAGUACGUCAGUGGCACCCCUCACGUCCCCCUCAAUUUCAUAGCCCCUGGCAGUUCUCAGCAUGGCACCUUUACAGGUAUCUCCUGUGGCAAGUCCAUGAUCAGCUCCAUGAGCCUCAUGGGGGGCAGCAGCGGCCUGCCCAUCUACGAUCGGAACCACGUCACCGGGGCCUCGUCCAGCAGCUCGUCCAGCACUAAAGCCACUUUAUACCCACAGAUCCUGAACCCUCCCCCUUCUCCUGCCACUGACCGCUCUUUGUACAACACAGAGAUGUUCUACUCUUCAAACAUUCCUUCGACCACGAGAUCUUACAGACCGUACAUCAUCAGAGGGAUCGCGCCGCCCACGACGCCGUGCAGCACAGACGUGUGUGACAGCGACUGCACCACCGGUCGAUGGAAGGCCAGCAAAUACUACAUGGAUCUGAACUCAGACUCGGACCCCUACCCACCCCCGCCCACUCCCCACAGCCAGUACCUGUCAGCGGAAGAGAGCUGCCCACCGUCACCAGCCACUGAGCGCAGUUACUUCCACCUCUUCCCACCCCCGCCCUCGCCCUGCACGGACUCCUCCUGACCUCGGCCCCACCACCUGGGCCUGCAUCUUCCCUCUCCCCUGUAAAUAUUUUUAAAUAUGAACAAAGAAAAAAUAUAUUUUAUGAUUUUAAAAAAUAAAUAAAUAUGGUUGGGAUUUUAAAACACAAAAAAUGUGAAUAAUACCAGGGUGGGCAGGGCUGUGAAAACUUUGUACAGUGGAAAAAUAUUUAUAAAUUUAAUUUUUUAACUUAA